CGUCGUCGCUGAUCUCUAAACUGCAUGGAUAAACAUUCCGCGCUCGCAACAAAUUAAUGAUGCGCCGAUAUCAACAUUUGAUUUAUAUAUCGCCCAAGCCGUAAAGCGGGGGUUAUUGUUAGGGUAGCUAACCAGAAACAUAAACAAAAGCAGAAGUUAGCCUGCCGCUUUCUCCAUCACCAGUGUUGGAAUGGCAGCCUCCUCCUCAUCCUCCUCUGCCGGAGGGGUUAGUGGGAGCUCCGUGACUGGCUCUGGGUUCAGCGCGUCUGAACUCAUUCCCCCGCGUAAGGUCCUCUACACGUAUCCCAAAGGAGCCGGGGAGAUGAUGGAAGACGGCUCAGACAGAUUUCUGUGUGAGUCUGUGUUCAGCUACCAGGUGGCGUCAACACUGAAACAGGUGAAGCACGAUCAACAGGUAUCUAGAAUGGAGAAACUGGCCAGUUUGGUUGAAGAGCUGGAAGCAGAUGAGUGGCGUUACAAACCAAUUGAACAGCUUUUGGGAUUUACUCCGUCUUAAAGUCCAAAUAAAGACCUGCUCAGUAGCCGCUAGCUGGUCACCACUGGAGAAACAUGUUGACCGCAGAACACUACUUUUAUUUCCAACACAUUUGGUUUAUUGUCAUUUGUUGUGUCAUUCCCACAGGGAAGGAUGUUCCUGCCUGUUAUUGGCCAAUGAUUAGCUGUGGUCACUAACUGGAGGAAGGAACACCCUGAUCCGAGAGAUCUAUUGUUGUGACCUAAAAAAAAAAAAAAUGUAUCACCGCAAUGAAUUAUGAAUUGAGUAAUUAAUCAUGUUAUAGUGGGGAGAUUGAUGCAUUCAUGUUUUACUUUGUGUUUUUUUAAAUAAACGAAAUAAGAAGAAAUCCUCUUCCUAUGUAUUAACAUGAAAACAUGACGUACUUGGAUUAUCAUUUAUUAAAUAUUUAAAUAAAAAUAUACAGAAUCAA